AGUCUUGCAUUGGUAGAUUUGUAUUUCCGCACCGGCCCCACGAUGGCAAGCAUGCGCACAUCUGUGUGGUUGAACGUUUUGUCCUUGCAGAUUUUGAACGCAUGGGCAUUUCCUGUGCUCUCUGCUGAACAGUAUCCGGGUUAUGAAGUCUUGGAGGUAUUGAGGGAAGCUGGGAACUUUGUCCGGGAACUUCCAAAACAAGUUGAGAAGAGUGUCGGAACAGAGGCGGCUGUGGGGCGCGAAACUGACCGGCGGGGCCGGUGGCUGAAAUUUCGAUCGUGGAGCGCAUGCAUUCCAAUCUUAAGCAUGUGUGUGUUUGUUUUUGACACGUGCAUGUAAGCUCGUGUCUUUUUGCCAUCAUGCCGUCGACAUUGCCCGUUGGACGAUUUGCGUUAUGAAGGCAGCACCGUCAACAGAGGAACCUUUGCGUCCACGCGUGCCACAUCGUUUCUCAUCGAAGAUGACGGUCAUCUCCUCCGAGACAGGCGUUCCUUCAACCGGCGCUGGUUUCUUCGCGCAAGAUGCGGAUCGCAAGACCAUGCGCUUGGAAAGCCUUCGGCCUUUCCCUGGCACGGGAGAGUUGUUGACCAAUAUGACCAGUUUGAUGCGGGCCAACGAGUCCUGGGACAUCACAGGCGGCAAUCACCCCAUGUGCCGACAACUGCCCAUGUUUGGGGCACAAAGAUUUGCAGAUCUCUUCUCCUGGGCUGCCAGCCCAAUUCUUUCCCAAUAUGCCGGUGAGCGCACAGUGGACGGGAGGAAUUGUUCCUUGUGGCGCCUGCACGCCAAGAAUGCCUCCAUGAGCUUGUGUGCAAGUGGUGACAUUCCCGUGGAGCUGAACAUGAGUGUGUUCAUCAAGGGUAGCACUGGCAGCGCCAAGAACUUCAACAGUACUUAUCGCUUCUUCGGUGCGCUGACGGUCGGGAGCGAGGUGCCGGACUUUCUCUUCCAGAAGCCUUCGAUCUGUGGAAGCUUUGUCCCUCCGUGUGAAAACGGCCGAGGGCUUGAUCCGGUUGAGCUGGAUGCUUACGUCUUUCACCCGGGUUUGUCAGUUGCCGACUACAACAUCGAGGAUCAAAAUGUUGCAGAUCUGGCUGGGGACGCGCUCUUCAUUUGCAUGGACUGCUUGCAAAAUCAGUCUUCAUUCAUCGAUCACAACUACAGCUUGAUCUCCCGGUAUAUACUCCAAGUCUCUCCGGCCUUUGGGCAGUAUGCCUUGUGCAAUGGCUACCCCGACACCAAACCCCCCGGACCUUCGUGCAUCGGGGGCGAUCCUCGUUUGGUGGGGAAGGAGGCGCCCUUCUUUGCGGGCGAUGAUGAGAGCAGGUGCACUGCGACGAGUCCCAUUGGCUUUUGGUUUGGCCUGCCAAAGGGUGGCCACUGCCCCCCGGGGCAGGUGCCCGGCAAGGAUGCCUGGGCCGGUGGCUGCACUUGGUCCGUGCAGAAGCGCCUCAAGACCAUUCACCAGGCUUGCCUGCUGAAGGACCAUGGCUAUUUGAAUUAUUGCAAGGCAGACUUUCUUGAGAAGAAGGGCUUUCCCAGGAGCAUGGCCGCCCUACAGGCUGCUUUUGCGUCCGAGGACCCAACCCAAGGAGGAUGCAAGGAUGUGGGCGGACCUGAUUCCGAGCCGGAAUCCAUUGUUGUUUGAAGAGACGAAGGUGAUGAGGCACCAGGGAGGAAGGGCGAAGUUGAGAUGUGGGGAGCCCGGCUCUUGGUGCCUUUCUUCUCCUAGAAGCGAACAGUUUCCUGUCAUUCUGCUUGGGAAUUGGCAAGAUGGACCGCAGAAGCCGCUGGGCCAUCCUUUUGUGUGAAUGAUGCUUGAGACCAUCAAGCUGAAACACUUUUCGCGGCAAGUUCAGCCCAGAACAUUCGCGCUGACCGUGAAGCGCUGACCAA